AUGGGUUGUGUUUAUUCAAGAGCUUCUUGCAUUGGGGAGAUUUGUGCACCACGAAAUGUAGAUGUUAAAGAACCUGAAAAUGUGAAAGCUGCUGAAAUUCCUGUAUUUUCACCUGCUUCAUCAGAUGGGGAAGAUGGAGAAAUUAGAGAUCAAAUAAAUCAAUUAAGUCUAUCUAGGGACAAUGAAAUUGGUAUAACCAGACUGUCAAGAGUCUCUGCGCAAUUUUUACCACCGGAUGGUUCGCGCGUUGUAAGAGUUCCAUCAGGGAAUUAUGAACUACGAUGUUCGUUUUUAUCUCAAAGAGGGUACUAUCCUGAUGCCCUUGAUAAAGCUAAUCAAGAUAGUUUUUGCAUUCACACUCCAUUUGGAACAAGUCCAGAUGAUCAUUUCUUUGGUGUUUUUGAUGGCCAUGGAGAGUAUGGAGCUCAAUGCUCGCAGUUCAUGAAAAAGAAACUUUGUGAAAAUUUGCUUAGGAACAGUAAAUUUCAUUUAGAUGCUGUCGAGGCAUGUCAUGCGGCAUUCUUGAUGACCAAUACGCAGUUGCAUGCUGAUGCUAUAGAUGAUAGCAUGAGUGGAACAACUGCAAUAACUAUACUCGUACGAGGUACGACACUUUAUGUUGCUAAUAGCGGUGAUUCAAGAGCUGUUAUAGCCGAGAGACGGGGUAAUGAAGUUGUGGCUGUUGACCUUUCAAUCGACCAAACACCAUUUAGGCCUGAUGAGGUUGAGCGGGUUAAAAUGUGUGGAGCAAGAGUUCUUACACUGGAUCAGAUUGAAGGAUUGAAGAAUCCAGAUGUACAAUGUUGGGACACUGAAGAAGGGGAUGACGGUGAUCCUCCAAGGUUGUGGGUACAAAAUGGAAUGUAUCCUGGUACGGCUUUUACAAGAAGUAUAGGUGAUUCUGUUGCUGAGACAAUUGGUGUUGUUGCAAAUCCUGAAAUUGUUGUUUUCGAGCUCACCUCAGAUCAUCCGUUCUUUGUGAUCGCCAGUGAUGGGGUAUUUGAGUUUCUUUCCAGCCAAACUGUGGUGGACAUGGCUGCAAAGUAUAAGGAUCCACGUGAUGCCUGUGCUGCAGUUGUUGCUGAGUCAUACCGUCUUUGGCUACAGUAUGAAACUCGCACAGAUGAUAUUACCGUGAUAGUUGUACAAGUAAAUGGAUUGACUAAUGUUGCGGUUGGUCAAUCAACAAGUUCCGAUGUAUUUCUACGACCACCAUUGCCUCAGGUUGUAGAAUUAUCAGGAUCAGAAUCUCCAUCAGUUAUGAACUGGAACUCUAGGAUUCAACGUGCCAGGCAAGAUAUAUCACGGGCACGACUGCGUGCUAUUGAGAGUUCCUUAGAGAAUGGGCAGAUAUGGGUCCCCCCAUCUCCAGCCCAUAGAAAGACAUGGGAAGAAGAAGCACAGAUUGAACGGGUUUUGCAUGAUCAUUUUCUUUUUAGAAAGCUUACAGAUUCUCAGGCUCAAGUUUUGUUGGAUUGUAUGCAAAGAGUUGAGGUUGAAGCUGGAGACACUGUAGUCAAACAGGGUGGAGAAUGUGACUCUUUCUAUGUCGUUGGAAGUGGGGAAUUUGAGGUCUUAGCAAUACAGGAUGAGAAAAACGGAGAAGUUCCUAGGGUUUUUCAGCACUACACGGCUGAUAAGCUGUCAUCCUUUGGGGAGCUGGCUCUGAUGUACAAUAAACCACUCCAAGCUUCUGUUCGUGCUGUCACCAGUGGAAUUUUGUGGGAACUAAAAAGAGAAGAUUUUAGAGGAAUUCUUAUGUCAGAGUUUUCUAAUUUGUCUUCGUUGAAGCUUCUGCGGUCUAUAGAUCUUCUGUCAAGAUUGACAAUUUUACAACUAAGUCAUAUUGCAGAUUUGGUUUCAGAAGUUCCCUUUUCUGAUGGACAGACAAUUGUAAAUGAGAAACAGGAACCUUUGGGCCUAUACAUUAUCCAGAAAGGGGUUGUAAAAAUUACAUUUGACAUGGAUUUAGUAAAAUUUGAAAAUGCAUCAAGUCUCAUGUGUGAAAACCUAAAGCAGGAUGAUAUACAGAACAAAAAAGGCGUAACAGUUGAAAAGAGUGAAGGGAGCUACUUUGGGGAAUGGACACUUCUCGGGGAACACAUUGCCUCUUUGAGUGUCAUAGCUGUGGGUGAUGUGGUAUGCGCUAUCUUAACUAAGGAGAAGUUUGAUUCAGUUGUGGGUCCUUUGGCAAAGCUCUCACAGGAUGAUCUCAAGGCAAAGGGCCAUCAAACAAUUUUCUCUUCAGAAUCCAUCCAAAGCCUUGACACUUCGAUGCUUGCAAGUUUGCAGCUUUCUGAAUUGGAGUGGCAGAUUUGUUUAUAUUCAACAGACUGCAGUGAGAUUGGCCUAGUGCGUCUGAGAGACUCAGAUAAACUGCUUAGCUUAAAGAGGUUUUCAAAGCAGAAAAUUAAAAAGCUUGGGAAAGAAGUACAAGUAUUGAAAGAGAAGAAUCUAUUGACGCAAAUGAAUACAGUAGCUUCAAUACCUCGAGUUUUGUGUACUUGUGCUGAUGAAACUCAUGCCGGCAUACUUCUGGACACAUGCCUGGCUUGCUCUGUGGUAGCAAUACUUCACAACCCCCUUGAUGAGGAGUCAGCACGUUUCUGUGCUGCAUCAGUUGUCAUUGCUCUGGAAGACUUGCACAAUCAGAAUGGUAUACUCUAUAGGGGUGUUUCUCCUGACGUACUAAUGUUAGACAAGACCGGCCAUAUUCAGCUAGCGGAAUUCAGAUUUGCUAAGAAGAUUUCUUCUGAGUUGGAUGAGAGGACAUUUACUAUAUGCGGGAUGGCGGAUUCUCUAGCUCCAGAAAUAGUCCAAGGAAAAGGCCAUGGCUUUGCUGCUGACUGGUGGGCGUUGGGGACAUUGAUCUACUUCAUGCUACAAGGUGAAAUGCCAUUUGGAUCAUGGAGAGAGAGUGAGCUUACAUUUGCAAGGAUUGCUAAAGGACAGUUGACACUUCCACAUACGUUCAGCCAAGAAGCUGUUGAUCUCAUUACCAAGUUACUUCAAGUUGAUGAAAAGCUGAGACUCGGAAGCCAAGGUGCUGACUCUCUCAAAAGUCAUCCCUGGUUCUUUGGUGUUGAUUGGAAAGCAGUAGCAGAUCAUCGAAGUCCUGUUCCUGCAGAGAUUCUCUCUCGUAUAAGCCAACGCUUGGAAAACCAUGGUGAUGAGAACAUAGCUUCCCUACAAUCCCCUAUUCGUGACUUGGAGGAGCUUAACACUCCAGAGUGGCUUCAAGACUGGUAGCACGUUAUUAUCCAGGAUGCUGCUACCAGCAAAAUCGACCAGCUUAUUGUUUCAAAACUGUCCGUAUUGGAGACUCAGUUCAAAUGAACUGAGUGAGGUGGUGCGUCUAGAUCAUGCUCUCUUGUUCAUCAACCAUGUGGCCCUCCUAGAGAGAAAAUGUCUUGCUGCUUUUCUUGGACAUUCAUUUGCUUAUGCUAGAGGUAUUAUAUGGUUCAUACGUUUGUUCUUUUUGAAAAUUUACCACGACUUUGUAAAUACUUAUUAUGUAAAUCAAACAGAGACCUUUUCUUUUUAUCGCAUCCUAACCAGUCUUCCCAUCCUGCCCCCCACCAAAAAAGAAAUGGAUGUAUCUCUUAGAAGUGUCUGUGGUUGAGAGAAGCUAUGUUGCACCAGUUUAUCAGAUUUUAGGUCUUAUAUUUGGACAAAAAGAAUUUGUUCUGUAAAGAAUUCUCCAAAUUGGAGCUAUGUCGCUUUGUUUUGAACCUAUUAUUCUAGUUAUUUGAGGUUUUCUUCCCCUGUU